AUGGUGCACGAAGUUGAUGAUGCUGAUCCCAGCUUGGAUGACUGUGCACGGCCUCCUAGAGACAAUCACGGCUCGGCAAAUUUCUUACGCCGUCGUAAUGCUCUAAAGGGGAAAGUCCCAGGGCACGUCGACGCGGUUUGUCCUGAAGUUUCCAAGUCUAAUAAUGUCUCCUAUGUUAGAGACAUUAACGAAGCGCCUGAAGAAGUUGAUUUGAUUCCAGAGGCACUAAGAGAUUCUAUGGAUAUGGAUGAUCCUCCUGGCCAGACCCAUUUAUCAAACGACACAACCAGUCACCUCUCCUCGGAAGCGCCUGAGAACAAAGCUCCAACGGAUGACCAAGAGCUGAAGAAUGGUCCCCAUAUAUCCCAAUGGAUUACUCUGUGGCGACUUCGGCAUGAUCUGCGUGAACUAUACAAAGGCUUGAUGCGAGUUACCCAUGUCAACGAUUUCCCGCAAGCUGGGAAAGUCCGACGGUUGUAUAAGAAUGCAACGCACAUGCUUGAGACGGGACUGUCUACCUUUCUCGAAGUCCUGGAUGGUACCGUCCCUACCACCUUGGAGAAAGUUCUUGCGUUUGUCGCAGUUUCUCAUAUCAUGUGGAAUGCCGUCCGGAAUGAGAACGCCGGCAGAGGGGUCGUGAACCAUCAUGAUUCACUUGCUGGGUUGUCCACAUGGCGAUUAGCAAUUGUCGACUCUGAAGAUCAGCUUAUCCUAGACCAUAUCGCAUAUGAGUUAUGGGAUGUCCCGAUCCCAUCAGCUUUUAGUGAGGAUGAUACACAAACGAGAUCGCUGAUAGACUCGGUAGACUCGGGACUCGGUGAUCUAUGGGCGCACCCAGUGAGCUAUUCAGACAUUCCGGAAUCCCUCAAUACCAACCGCUCUAUACCACAAACUCCGCUUCAAACAUUCCAAGACGACGUCAGCUUGCUUCUUUCUACUACUGCAGUCCACACGAGCCUUCUCUUUUCUGACUUUCUCCAUGUCCCAGGACUAGAAGGCAACCUUCGACCUGAAGCGACAACAUCCACCAUAAAUGGAGUCAGCUCCUCCCCCCAAAUAUCAAAUGGAGGCAAUCCGCUUACAGACAGUGAUGCAUUCACUCACCCACCGAGUGAUUCGUGGGGAGAUUUUGGUUAUGUGCCGGGGUUAGAUGGCAUUAUCAAUCCAGAAUGCCUACGACUUGGCAACCCACCAAUAUGGGAUUCAUCCACACAAACUUUGAAUAUGAAUUCCCAAUCUCAGGGCUUGAUGGGCUUGCCUCCCCAAGGGCUCGGCAGCACUACCACUACUGAUAGUGCAACAGGGGUUCUCCAAUGCUUGAUUGGCACUAUACUGUUUCAAGUGGUUGUGAUUUUCUUAAAGAUUAUGAGCCACGCCGGCUCGAUCUUACAAAUCUUAUCGGGUUGUACAUCGAUAGAGCCCAGCAGCACAUCAGAGGGUCUCGGUGGUAAGAAUGAUCCAGCAUCAAGCGGAUCUUUCUUGGCAGAGAUGAGAGAGCACGCUAUAGAGCCACUCCGGUUGAAAUUUUUAGAGUACCACACCCAUUUCAUCGGGCUUUUAGAAUCUGGAUACUCUUUGAUCAAAGCUGGAUGCAUCAAAUCUCUUCAAGAGUUUGAAAAAUACCUAGUUCAUGCUAGUUUGCACUUUUCCAAUUCGAAGGACUUCAUGUUUCUUGUUCACUCAGUCCUCUCCCAAUGUUUGAAGUGCUCUUCAAAGAUGAGUUGGAACGAUCUGUACCACGACGGCCUUUGUGCUGACGAGUACUCAACCCGGUACUUCGAUCGCCGAAUGGGAGAGGAACAAGCGACAGCCGAUGCGAUAUUUUCGGACCAGGGACCUACUGGCGCCUCAUUAUCUGAAGUAGCCAGUAACUCAGCUUCUUCUAGAACCUCGAAGUCUCCUCUCGACUCUAACAUGUCCUCGCCAUCAUCGAAAACAGACACUGCUGAUUCUGUAUCAACCCGCCAAGGAAAAAUUGAAAGAUGCUCCCACCAAGGAUGCGGUAAAGUCUAUACAGGUGUUGAUGCCCGUGUCAACCUACGCCGCCAUGUACGAUGCAAACACGAGCCAAGUAAAUGGAGGUGCCCGGGCAGCGGGUGCGAGCUGGCUACACCAAGGCGCGAUAAUCUUCGCAAGCACUUCAAGACAAAACACCCGGAUGAAACUAUGCCACCUUGGCUGGGGAAUAGGAAAAGAUGCUAA